CGAGCCUCCUUCGAUCCUGCUGCAAGGAUUUUGCACCGUCUCCGCUUACGUCCCGAUUCUGCUUGUUGCGGUGAUGUUUCUCAAACUCCUCUUUCGUCGCGGAACAAGUCAACUCGUGAAUAUCUCGUUCCUUGGCGUCUUGGUGUUCGUGAACGAGAUCGUCAUCAAGAAGUUGAUGCGGCAGUCACGACCCGCCGAAUCUUGUGCUGGCAAUUUCGGCAUGCCCAGUGGUCAUUCGACGGUGUCUGCAGGACUCUUCACGUUGAAGAUCUUACAGUUGAUCUACAAGACUGACCUGCACAUGCAAUUGAGGAAGAACGCGAUUCGAGUUUGGAAGGGGUAUCAUGAUGAAUAUGAGGUCGUUCAGAAUGAGAAUGAGCAGAAUGCAGACAACAAGAUCAACAAGAAUAUAGUUGCACAACUUGAACUUGAAGGUGGCAAAGAACUCGACCACGUGGCCAACACAUCCUCCACGACGCCAGCAACGGACAAAGCGCGAGCUGGAACAGGUGGCUGUGCUGCAUCUGGUCGUAGGAGAGCACAGAUGAUGCCACAAGCGCACCAGGAGGCACCAGAGGAUGAAGUACAACUGGACGUUGCGAUUGUUCCAGCGUCUUCAGAUCAAAGUACAACUGACGAGAACUACGAUACUUCUGAAGAAGGCCGCAUGCAGAACCGUCUAUCAGCUAUCGAGGAAGAAAUCAUGGAUGACGAGGCAGAGCGCUUGUUGUCUUUUUCUUCGAACUUCAAGGGAGGUGCGCAAGCAGCAGAUGCUGCGACAAUACAAGAGAUGGCUGUUGGUAUCUAUGGUCCCGAGGAUGCUGCCAUUGCCAGAGCCAGUGUUCAUUAUCCACGGAUCCUGGAAAAUGAAUCGGAGAACACCGGACGACGGGAAGGGCUCAAAUUGGUCGGAAGGAACGAUCGGAACAAGAAUAACAGGAGUAAAUCCUCGGGAAAUACAAAUAAUGCAAAAAGUAACAUGAUCAAGGUGAAGAUGACUAAAGCAGAAGAUGAUGUGGUAGUAGGUGACGAAGGAGCAGCCACUGAGAAUGAGGAUUUUUGCAGUGUCGCUCCACCACCGCUCAACACAGGAACUCGGAGGAGCAAACGUCCCGCAUCGCUGUCCACAACAACUAAGAGAGCACCACAACGAAGUGACGAUUUGUACUUCCUCUACUCACGGCUACUCCGACGCCCUUUUUCUCGACUGUUCGGUUGCUGCGAGGCAGAGAAAUACGACUACAACGGUAAUUUCUGUGACGCUGGAGAGGAUGAGGUUGUUUCGCAUGCUGAAGCUGCGCUGUGGGCCUUCGUUUGGGUGGGGUUAUUGUUACGGCGGACUGAGUAAAGACUAAUAAUAGUUGUGAGUUGUUUGUUCCAAUUGAUUACUAGAAUUGCAUUCUAGUAAUCGACUCGGAAUCUGAAUCAACAAAUAUCAACAACGUGUACUACUAUUACUAGGUCUCUGAUCCUACUUGAUGUACUGGCUCUAACCAUUGGCCCCGUCGGUCCUUGUCGUGCUGUUCUCAGGGACCACACUCCGAGUCAGAUCAUGACAGGUCUUAUCAGCGGUUUCUGUGUCGGAGCUCUAUGCUUCUUGGCCACUCGUGCUCUAGCCAGACGUUGCUCCCAUCAUCUUGGGCGUCACAUCUGCUGUUUUCUCAAGCACGAUUUCGCAGUGCCGUUUCAUCAAUUCCGUAUUCAAAUCUUGGAAGAUACUUUGCCGAGACUCAAGGUGAAAAUAUCUGCGCGAUCCCAGACUAAACAGCUUCAAAAUCCACGACAUGCAGCCCAUCAACAAGACGACGACUACACCACAACAACGUCUUCUUCAGGAGCAUCCUCAGCACGACCCUCUGCACAAGGACAAGCUAUGAGAACAUCAUCUCGUGUCUUCCAGAAAAUCACCGACCAAGAGGAAUACGAAACGAUUCGCCACUUCCGCAGUAUCCUAUUGCAGGUGCAAUGGUAUUACCGACAGCGAAAAGCCGCUUUGUCUAGAGCAGAGAAGGAGGGGUUGGAUCAGGACAUUUCAGCCUGUACUCACAAAGUUUCUGAGGUGAUGGAACUAAGACGCUGUGUAAGGCAAGCGAUGAAGGAAUGUUUCUUUUUUAGUCCUGCUGAAGAUGAUCUUCUGAAGCGGAACAACAAUAACAGAAAUCCUCGUUAUAAAGUUGGAGAAAACUUUGCUGCGCCUGGAGACUUGAUUCAACUUGUAGGAGAGCAAGAAUACGACGACCAAAUAACGGAAAACAACGCUACAACAAUGUUGAACAAUCUCGAACCUCAAGUACCACUCCUAAAUGGUAAUGGACAACAUAUCAUAAUGCCUGCACUAGAAGAAAACGUGGUUGACCACGAUACAACUUCGAGGCAGGAGGAAGAACCUUGUACAAGUAAUGCAGAAGCGGCUUUGACAGAACCACUGCUAGGCUCCGCGAAAUAAGGAACUCACGCCCUAGGAUAAGAAUGAUACGAUGUAACUCCAACUGGUAAGUAGUUUAUUUUUGUUAUUUUGGUGUUGUGGAAGAUCCGCAUGCUGGUGCUGAAGGUGGAAUAUGAUGUUGUGUGUUUCUACUGCAUCUUCAACUAGUGUCGCUUGAUACAUAGUUUCUUUAACGAAGUUUCCUUUUUCAUAGUGUGUUAAAAAUCCGUAAUUUCCGAACUCGAAUCAUCAUGUUCAUGAGUUUCUUUUGUCCAUCGAACGCUCUACACGAACAAGCCAGAAAACAUCAUAAAGCCAAAGCUGCACAUAAAAAUCUACUACACCAUAAUCUGCUUUUGAUGAGGCACACGACAUGGCUACACAGGAACAUAGGCGAUCCAAAGCAGAUUUGAAUGAUUUUUUCUGAGAAUAUUUUUUAGUCCAAGUUCUUUUCAUCGACAAUCUAAAGAACUUCUUGGACAUCAAAAUGGAGUGCUUCUAGUUCCACUGAUGUAGAUCUGCAAUUUUAGCUGGAC